AUGCCUCACGCAGAUUCAAGUUUCAUACCAACGAGUAUAAAGACGAAGAAAGAAUUUUACGAACAUGUCAUCACUCAUUUAGAAGCGUUGUUAGAGGGUGAGAGGUAUUGGGUGACGAAUUUAGCUCAAACUUCUGCUAUCCUAUAUCACUCGUAUUUGGCUUCAUCAUUAUAUGGUGGAGAGAGUGUACAUCCUGUUGUUAAUUGGUGUGGAUUUUAUCUCCAUCCACCUUCAUCAUCACCAUCAUCACCACCAUCAUCAACAUCAGCAUCAAACAUACAUCAUCAUCAGCCACCAAAUUCACCAUUACUUUUAGGUCCUUAUCAAGGUAGACCAGCAUGUCUAUCGAUUAACCCUAUAAAAGGAAAAGGUGUUUGUGCAGAUGGGUUCUUGUCAUCUAAAACAUUGAUUGUUGACGACGUAGAUAAUUAUCCAGGUCAUAUAGCUUGUGACGGAAAUACUAAAUCUGAAAUUGUGGUUCCCAUAAGAAAUGAUAAAAAUAUCGUGGUUGGCGUAUUGGAUUUAGAUAGUACUCUACAUAACACAUUUGAUCAAGACGAUAAGUAUGGUUUGGAAAAGAUUGUUGAUAUACUGAAAAAAGGUUGUAAUUGGUCAUAA